UAUACAUAGCCAUAGCCCUUUCUUAGUCGACUAUCUCGAUCUCUCUCCGCGGAUGCUGCUCAAGUUCGAGUUCGAUAUUGUGCAGACAGUUUCGGUGGUUAGGACUACUGCUUUGCUCUGUCUCUCGAUUCCAAAUUGCUCAUCACUACAGGUUUGAAUUAGAGGUAAAAUGACGAUGCACACUGUUUUCUUCAAAGAAAAUCACGAAUCGGUUGCUAUGGCGGUUACUCAUAAUUCCUUGGAGCUUUCUGCUGGCGGUAGUCGAUCGAUUAAUGUGGCUAAGGAAUCUGAACAUCAGCCUCGUCUGGAAAAGGAAAACAACACUCAAUUCACUCUGUUCUCUGAAUCUGAUUUAGGUGAUCUCAGGACCGCUGAGAACGGGGCAAAGACCAAUCCAAAAAGGGUCUCCUUGGUAGUCCAAGCAGCUGCUACAAUGGACUAUCAAGGGCAUUUCAGCCUUGGAUUUGGCAAACCACCGAUUCCUUAUGCAGAGCAGUGUGGCGGAGGAGUUUACGCGAAUUAUGGAUCUGAAAUCUUGGGCCGCGUGGUGCUACCAUCGAGCUUGGCUAGUGAUGGAGGGCCAAUAUUCGUGAAUGCCAAGCAAUACAACGGGAUAAUGAGACGCAGAAAGUCGCGCGCCAAAGCUGAGAUGAAGAAUAAAAUGGCCAAAUCCCGCAAGCCGUAUAUGCACUUGUCCCGGCAUCUCCAUGCAAUGCGGCGCCCAAGAGGCAGCGGUGGCCGCUUCCUCAACACAAAGGGCCCAAAAUUUAACAACGAAAAUUUUUCCACCUUAACAAAAACCGAUGAUGGAGGAAAACAUCGUCCUCACCUCACAGAGUCACAGAUAUCUCAAGCACUACAAUACAACAUCAGCUCUGAGGUAUCGAACUCAAUAUUCUCCGGUAACCACACUUUUCACCCAGUGAGUCGUCUCCACAGCUACGGCCCAUUUCCCGAUAUGGGAAAUACCGGGCUCGCCAUUGCCAUGGCCACUGGUGGCAAUUACCUCAAAGUUUGAGGGCAAUGGGCAACUCAUUCUUGGCUAAUCAUCUCCGUCGUCUCGACUUGUCGACGACGACAGAGAUGAAAACAAUAUAUAUAUAUAUGCACACAGAUAUGUAUGUGUAUAGGUACACAUGCUUUGUGUGUGAGUUUGUGUACCUUUUUUUACUUGCAUGGUUUGUGUGUUUUAAAAAUAAGACCAAAGUGGAGAAUGUGUUUUUAUUGCAAUGUAUCAUAUCCAUCAUUUGAUCUCAUCUGAUGGUCUCAUUUCCUCUAUGGAGAUAUUGUUGUGUUUUUAUCUGUUUUGGAUGUAAUAAAUAAUACUACUUGUCUUUGAUAUGUGAUGACUUGUUUGUGUAUUAUUUAGUUAAUUAAAGACUGGUUU